UCCGGGGCGUGGAGCGCUGGGCGGCGAGCGCAGGGCCCAGAGCGGGCGGGCAGCGGCGGGGAGGAGGGCGCUGAGGCACGGCCCGGGCGGGGACAGAGGGCCACGUUCCUCGCGGCAGUAGCUUGGGCCGGGAUGCUGCCGGCGCUGCCGGACGGCGAUGAGCGGGAGCUGGAGAGCAGCGAGGAGGGCGGUGGCGCGGGCGAGGAGCGGCGGCCAGAGCGGCACGGCAGCACCUACCACAGUUUCUACGGUUACCGGAGCUGCAGAUCCUCUCAGCAGGGAGCAGACAGUGGGGAUGGCAGUCCCAGCAGCGCGGCGGCAGAGACACCCUCCACCGAAGACUUUAGCCUCUCUUUGCUGGACACCAACUUACCAGCUGAAGCAGAGACUGAAUUGCGCAGUUUCAUUGCCAAGCGCCUUACGAAAGGAGCCCUCUUUGAAGGAAUGGGGAAUGUAGCAACAGUGGGACUGAGCAUACCUGAAUGUAAAGUUGGUUGUUAUUACUGUCGUUUCCAACAAGAAAAUCUUUCAGAAAUGGCAACACUGGAAUCAGACAGUGCUCCAGAAUAUGUCGUUUGUUUCUUAGGUGGCUCAGAGAAAGGUCUGGAACUCUUCAGACUUGAGCUGGACAAAUACAUUCAAAGUCUGAAGAUAAGCCUUGAUUCGGAGAAAGCCUUGGAGACCUUUGUUAAGCCCUACUUGAGGAGCUGGUUUGGGAAUGCCGUAUGCCCUAUUCAGAGGGUGGUGCAGCUCUUCCAGGAGAAACUGGCCUUCCUCUUACAUGCUGCUUUGAGUUAUACUCCUGUGGAGGUGAACAAUGCAGAUGAAAAAACAGAAAAAGACAUUAGCAGGUUUCUGGCAGCUGCCAGCCUUCAAGGACUUGUUCAGGAAGGCACAAUGACUUCCUUGUGUAUUGCCAUGACUGAGGAACAGCACAAGUCAAUGAUUAUAGACUGCAGUGGACCUCAGCCUCAGCUGCAUAAUGCAGGAAGCAACAGAUUCUGUGAGGACUGGAUGCAUGCUUUUGUGAAUGGUGCCGAAGGAGGAAACCCAUUUCUCUUCCGGCAGAUUUUGGAAAACUUCAAACUGAAGGCUAUUCAAGAUAUUAACAACCUGAAACGGUUCAUCCGGCAGGCUGAAAUGAACCACUAUGCCCUGUUCAAAUGUUAUAUGUUCCUGAAGAACUGUGGCAGUGGAGACAUCCUCCUGAAGAUUGUCAAAGUGGAACAUGCAGAAAUGCCAGAAGCCAGAAAUGUAGUGACCGUCCUUGAGGAAUUCAUGAGAGAAACAUCAGUGGCUUAACACUAUCUUAAUUAUUCUGUAUUUGUUUGAGGGUAUUGUGUAGAUCAUUGAUUUCUUCUGUGCAGCUUACUUUCACUAUUGCAGGAUUUUAGAUUUAUAUUUAAAAGUAUUCCCUAAGUGGCAGCUUCCUCUGCCUUUUAUUUUUUUUAAGGGAAGGCAGUGUGAGCUUUUUUUAAUGUGUAAAAUACCAGAUCACACAAACACCUGCAUGCUUUUCUGUGCUUCCCAGAGUCUCCAAAUGACUUGUUUCUUUCCUGAGCAAAUUAUGACAUUUGGGUUUUGCAGGCAUUGCAUUAAAUAACCUCCCCAGCUCCCUUGCCUGGCAAGCAUUUCAGGGUUUUAAAUAUUUUAAAUAUUGUUAACAGGAUCAUGUUGGAUCACUGAGAUUGGGUUACUUUGGUUUUAUUGUAAAAAGAAGCAGAAAAAUCUGGAUAUUCAUUAAUCAUAUUAAUUAGAUUAAUUUGUGAUAUGAAUUAAUCAUAUUUAUCUAAGAGAAUACAGGGAACAGGCUUGUACGUAUUUCAAACUAGCAGUUUGUUCUGCUGUGACUAGAUAAAGAAGUUGCUAAUUGAUAGGUGCUUGUGUGUGCAUACAGCCACUGGAUGCCGUGUUUAAUUCCCAGGCUGUUUGAUUAAUUCCAUUCUUCAGUAGUUUGUGUUGUGAUGGAAACCUUCUUUGUGUGUUCUUACCACCCAUUUUGUAUUACUGUAAAUAAUCAGAAGUUUUUCAGCUGUGGAGAAUUAAAGCUGAAUAAUCUAAAAUAUUACAUAUUAACUUUAAAUUAAUAGAAAAUUCUUCAGAAAUUGAAGUAAACUAAGUUCCCAGGUUAAUUACUCAGAUUUUAAACCAAUUUAUUGUAUUUCUGCAAUGAAUUCUUACCCACAUCAUAGGACAUCUAGACAGCAGGGUACUUGAAAAACAUCUUUGGCUGAAGCUGGAAUCAAAAGUCAGGAGGCCUCUGAGUGGCCAUGUACACAAGGACUGUUUUUGCAAUACAAAUCCUAAGGUGGUUCGGUAUCCUUGUUACAUCUCAUGGAGAAAUAAAGGAGCAGUUCACUCUCUCUCCCUUAUCUUUUAGACAGGCAUAAAAAUGAGUUAUCAAUGUCAUUAUUAAAAGAUUAAACUGCAGAGCUCAAACCCAAUUGCUCUGUUGUUAAGUACUGAGUUACAGAAUCACAGCAUGGUAGAGUUUGGAAGGGACCUUGAAAGAUCAUCAUGUCCAACCCUCCUGCCAGAGCAGGAUCACCUAGAGCAGGUCACAUAGGAAUGCAUCCAUGUGGGGAUUGAAUAUGCCACACAUUCAGGUGGGCUUGGAAUGUCUCCAAAGAAGGAGACUCCACAACCUCUCUGGGCAGCCUGCUCCAGGGCUCUGUCACCCUCACUGUGAAAAAGUUUUCCCUUCUGUUCCUGGGGCACCUCUGUUCCAGCUUGUUCUGUCCUUGGACAUCACUGAGCAGAGCCUGGCUCUGUCCUCCUGACACUGCCCUGCACAUCUUUAUCAACAGGAAUGAGGGCAGCCCUUGGGUUCCUCUGCUCCAAGUGCAAGAGCCCUCAGCUCCCUCAGCCUGGCCUCACAGGGAGAUGUUCCACUGCUUGAAGCAUCUUUGUGGCUCUGUGCUGGACUCAGUGUUAACUGUAGACAAAAACCUGUCUUUG